CAAUAUAAAAAGGUUGUGAUGUAGUUCAUAGUGAUGCAAGUAUUUUCAUAUAAAUCUUUUUAAAUUUACGUUCAACCAAGAAAAAUGACUUCGAACAGAAAUGCGAAUAAGAAUUCUUUAAAAUUUGUUGUUUAUGAAGAUGAAUUAUCAGAUUAUAAUGAUGAUUCCGAUGGCUUGGAAAUCGAUGAAUGUCCAAGUCCACGUAAAAAAAAAUCAUUACUCCAACUGGAUUCUAAUGAAAAGGCGGUUUUAGAAAAUAUUGAUAAGGAAAUUGACAAACAAUUGGAAGAAAAAGCUGCAAACACAAAUAUGAGUGCCCAAAAUGUUAAAAAUAUAUUGAAACAUAUCAUAACAAAUGAACAAGUUUUAGCGCUUGUUAGAAAUUCAGCAAAUGACGAACCAUUUAGAACAGAAAAUUUAACAUUUGAACCGAAGCUUACCAGAGCUAAAGUGAAAGAAUUGUUUAAAAAUCAGGCUGCUCCGUUACGAACUAAUAAAUCCGAAAUUCAUGUUCUUAUUGAUCAAGAACUACCCGAAGACGAAGAAGAUGAUGAAUACAUACCUGGCGAGGAUGAGAGCGAUGAUGACCAGAGCACGCUUGUAAGUGAUUUGGAUUCACAACCUGCAACUCCAGCAACUCCUUCAAACUCAUACUCUGCAGAUUGUAGUACACAGACAUCUUGGACUGAUGAUGGUGUAUUUAAAGUCCCAACAAAAGUAUUAAAGUCCCCGUCUGUGAGUAUUUCAAAACCAACGCAAGAAAAUAUCGCACUUCGUACCAGAUCAAAAUUAUCACUUAGUGAUACACCUUUAGAAUGUAUUGAACAAGCUUUUAUACCACCAGAUAUCACUACGGAUAUGUAUGAUAUUGAAUGUGACGAUGAUGAUUGGCGAAAUUUUUUAAAAGAGUUUACAUUACCCUUACAAGCUGUUACUACUGCAACUAAUGAAGAUGACGAUGAAGCUGAUCCUGAAUAUAAUAUCUUGGCUGAUGAAGAAAUCGAUGCUGUCGAUAAAGAAGAAUUAAGAGCAGAUAGAGGUGUUAAAGUAACAAAACGUGAAUUGAAUGAUUUAGUUGCUGAAUUAUUUGAUUUCGCUGACUUAUUUACUCCACCCUGUCCAAAUGAUGAGACAACAGAAAACGAUUCCGAAACGCAACCAGCUAUCACAGAGAAUAAGCCUCAAAAUGAUAAGCAAGAAAUGCCUUCAACGUCUCAAAAUAAUACUACUACAGAACCAGAAACUAGUCAACCCAUACUCAUCGAAUAUCCUGCUGUCUAUAGUCCAUGUAACGUCAUUAGUAAACAGCAAAUUUUAUUAUUGGAACAACAAUUAAGACAACAUGUUCAACUAUUAACGCAAAAUUUUCUGCAAACCUAUAAGCAUCCUAUUUAUAAUCAAUUUUCCGAAAACGUAAAAGAAAUGGUGACAGAAAUUGGUUUAAAGGCAAAGAAAAAUCCAAAAUCUUGUUUAAAUGCAGAAAAUUUAAAAAAUGCUUUGAAAUUAAUGAAAUUUUGGGAAGAUAAAAUUUCGAGUAAUGAUACUGACACACAAGAAAUGAUGAAGUUUGUUGAUGCCCAAAUAAAAAGAUUCAUAACAUAUAAGGAACGAAAAUAUACUACAAUGCAACCAAAAUUACCACCGUUACUUUUACAAACCAUAUCAAAGAGUGAUGUAUUUAUGUAUCCAUUUUUAUUGCCAUGCAUGCCAUUCUUACCAGUGGUAUCUGCUCCAUCAUCGAAUAGUAAUAGGAUAGUUUAUACAUUAUCAGAAGAUUCUUUAAUAGCAAUUGGAUUGGAACAGUUUAUCAGUUAUUUACACGCAGAAAAGUUAGUAAAAAAUGGAAAAGCAUCAAUAAUCGAUGCAUGUACAUUAAUUGUACGAUUUUUAAUGCCAGCAAAAGAUUUUAUGAGUUUGCGAGCUCACGUUCUCGCUUUGAAAAAUGGAAAAAAAACUGAUAAUCCAAUAAAUUACUACUUUAAACACAAAGUCGCACCGCCAACAACUCAUUAUGUGCUACCCACGUAUCAGUGUAUUCCAGUGAACCGACAGAACAAAGAUAUUUUAAAUGAACCAUGGAAAAGUUUUAUUUAUCCAGAACCAAAACGUAAUUCGUUAGACCAAAUUAAACCGUUUUUAUCAGACAAUUCAACCCAAUUAAGGGUUCCUAUUCCAUCACCGAAACUCUAUAGCAAAUCAAUACGAAAUCGUAUACCAAAACGCUGGAAACCUAAAGUCAAGUCACCGAAAUAUGUUAAAUUCAAAUCGAUCAUUCUAAAAGAUACAACGCCUGUGAAAAUUAUACGAAAUGAAUCGAUAUCACCAAGCAUUCAACUAAAAUCGAAGUCUCCAGGUGCUAAAUUGAUUGCUAAUACAUUCAUCAUGUUGCCUAGUAUGCCGGGGCUCAGUCCUUUUAAACAAACACCUAUGAAAACUUCAGAAAAUAUUGAAAAUUGUGAUGAAAUUGUAGUGGUAAAAGAAUCGUCGUCAACAUCAGAUAUCAAUUCAGAUUCUAAUGUAUGUAAUGAAGUAGCACCUACAAGAGGUGAAAAAAAAUUAAGCAAAAAUAUUCCAGAAAAUUGUAACCCAGAAGAAAAAAAAGGUAAAGAUGUCGAAACCAGUACACCUACUAAAGGCAAUUGUACCUUAAAGACAAAACCAAAGAUAACAGCUUCCGAAAAGAAAAAAGCCAAGCAGCAGAAAGAAUAUGAAACAGUCAGAGCAUUACUGUCCCCUGAAAGUCCUAAAGUAGCCGAAGAAAAAGCGAAUAAUUUCGCACAUGCCUAUUUCAAUAAAGUGAAAGAACGUUUAACCCAGAAUUCUCCAGAAGAUUACAAUUUAUUUUUAGCAACUUUAAGUGAUCAUGAUGAGUCUUCCGAUAGUGUAACAGAUCUCUACAGUAAAGUUACAGCUAUUUUAAGUCCAAAACAUCCCGAUUUAUGUGAAGAAUUUAUAACAUUUUUAACACCUGCUCAAGCCAAAGAAAUUGAAAAAUUGAUACCAUAUUACAUGUUUUCAAAAAUGGCAACAUUUCUUCGAAAAUUGGAAACAUAUUACAAUAAACAACCAGCACAAAUAAGAAAAAUUUAUAAUAGUUUAGUGGAACUCAGUGGACAAGACGGUGUAAAUAUUGAUUUGGUUAAAACCACAAUACUACCGUUGUUGAAAGGAAAUACUUAUUUAAUUGAUUAUUUUUUGCAAAUAUUUUCUGAAGAAAAACCACCCCAAAGUUUAAUGACGGUAUGGGAAGAUAUCGAUUAUGAUUCCACAACAAGCAAAAAUGUAGAAGAAAAUGUUGAAUGUUUUGAAUCAUUGAAAGUACCAGAUAUGGAUGAUCCAUAUGGAACCAUGACUUGUAUAUGCACAUGUCAUAAUUCACCCAACGAAGAAUACUCUUCCCGCAAUCGCCAUUGUUUAUCUUGUGGAACAAAGUUUAUUCAAGGAAAAGUAUUUAUUCAAACUGGUAAAGGUCCUAAACCUGUGAGUGUUACAUUCCCGGAUUGUUCAAUGGAAGAACAGAAUAAACGAUUAUGUAUCGCUCACAAGAAUCGAUCUAAACGAAGAUCAGAAGCUGUGUCACCUAAAUCAACACCAUUUUCACCAUCAAAACAUUCACAUAAUGAAUUCGAUGACGAUGAGCAUUUUGGUACAAAAAGUAAUAAAAAUUCACCAAAAAAAUUAACGAAAUCACCUAAAACUAACUCGUCUCGAAAAUUCUCAUUAAUCAAAUCUCGAAAAAGUGAUGUUAGAAAAGGUGAUAAGGAUGAAGUCAAAAAAGGUGAUAUGGAAAAUAAUGUUAGCCAGAAAAAGUAUAAGUCAAAUUUAAACUUUACGAAAAAAGAUGUACCGAUUAAAUCGAAUGUCAAAAUAGAUUCUACUCGAACUGAAAAUGAUGUUGAUUCAAUGGCAAUAACACCUGGGGAUAAUGUUGAUAAUGAAAAUAAUAAAAAAAUUGAAAAAAGUGAUCAAGAACCAACACCCAUGGAGUGGGAUGAUUGUAAUGCAUCGGUUGAGUCAAUUGAAUUAAAAUUAAGUCCAAAUCGAAGUGUUGAAAGUUCUGAUUUAUGUGAAGAAUCCUCACAAGAUUUAUCAGAAGGCAACGAAGAUAUUCCCGCAACAUGUUCAGAGAGUGAAAAUGAUUCAAUUGUUGAAGCGGAAAGUAUUCACAGUGAUUCAAGUGUAUCAGAUAAUCAGGAAGUUACUAAACAAAUUUCAUUUGGAUGGACUCGCGACGAGGAUAAAAUUAUUUUAAAAACAUUUCAACAAGAAUGUGAUAGUGAGAAUAAAUUUGAUAUUAUUGGUGAAUUAUUACCACACAGGACUAUUCCUGAAAUACGCGAACGUUUUCAAACUUUAAUGAAUUUGUUGUUGAAAAUAACAAAAAGUAACAUGUAA